CUCUGUUUCUAGAAGUAGAUGGGCCUGGCUGCAGAGAACUGAGACAAGACACUUUCCUGGUUGGCAUUAAGCUCCACCAUCACUGAGUUUAAGUACCACGCCUUCCCAGCACACACCAAGAUCUCCCUCCAAGUGUGCUUCUUUGGGAUCUGCUGGAAGAACAGCUAUGGAAGACAGUGAGAUUGUUAGAACCAAUAAUAACGGAGAAAGGAAGAUGUACAAUGGAAAGAGCACAAUAAACCAGAGACCAGUGGGAAGUGGCAAAAGGAGAAUCUGCAAAACACUUGGAUAUCUAACAGGAGAAAUGAAAGCAUGUGGAGACUGGCUGAAAGAUAAACCUCUAGUUGUUCAGUUUAUUGACUGGGUCCUGCGGGGAAUAUCCCAGGUGAUGUUUGUCAACAACCCACUCAGUGGGUUACUUAUUCUAGCCGGACUGUUGAUCCAGAAUCCUUGGUGGACGCUCACAGGCUGUUCAGGAACAGUUGUCUCGACGUUAACGGCACUUCUUCUGAGCCAGGACAGAUCGGCCAUAGCAGCAGGACUGUUUGGCUACAAUGGAGUCCUGGUGGGACUGCUUGUGGCGGUGUUCUCUGAUAAAGGAGACUAUUAUUGGUGGCUUCUCCUGCCAGUUGUUGUUACAUCCAUGGCUUGCCCACUUCUUUCCAGUGCUUUAGGCGCAGUCUUCAGGAAAUGGGACCUUCCUGUUCUCACCCUGCCUUUCAACAUUGCGGUGUCUCUUUACUUGUCUGCCACUGGACAUUACAACCUCUUCUUCCCCACCACUCUCAUUCAGCCUGUAACAUCAGUGCCCAACAUCACCUGGUCUGAAAUCAAAGUGCCGCUGCUGCUACAAUCCAUUCCGGUCGGCGUCGGCCAGGUGUAUGGCUGUGAUAACCCCUGGACUGGUGGCAUCUUCCUGGUUGCUUUACUCAUCUCUUCUCCACUCAUUUGCUUGCAUGCUGCAAUCGGAUCAGCAGUGGGGAUGCUGGCAGCGCUGACCAUUGCAAUGCCAUUUGACAGGAUCUACUUCGGCUUGGGGAGUUACAACUGUGUGCUUGCUUGCAUUGCAAUCGGAGGCAUGUACUAUGCUCUUACCUGGCAGACACACUUGCUGGCACUUGCCUGUGCAUUAUUUUGUGCCUAUGCUGGAGCAGCUCUUGCUAAUAUCUUGUGCGUGAUUGGAUUACCAGCCUGCACCUGGCCUUUCUGCUUCUCUGCACUUCUCUUUUUGCUCCUAACUACAAAUAACUCCGCAAUCUACAAGCUGCCACUCUGCAAAGUCACUUACCCAGAAGCCAACCGAGUCUACUACCUGAGAAUGAAAAGAGAGCAGAAACCCACUGAUGGUGUUAUGGAGGAACCUUCAAUUGUAUUGGAAGCAGAUGAGUGCCAAGGAGAUAUCCAGCCAAAGCAGAGGAACUUGUUUCAAUUCGAACAGCAGUCUACCCGCUGGCCUGUGCGAAGGAGAAGUAAAGUUUUGGGAAAAGUUGAACAUCUGGAUAGACAAAAUGAGGAUCAGUUUUUCCCUCCACACCACCAACAGGAGAAUGAAUCAGCUAAGGAUCUGAAGGGCAACAUGGUUCCUGAAGCCAAAAUUACUGAAGAUAAAAGCACUAAAAAUCAGAAUAGAGAGACAACAGGUGUGAAAAGCAUCAGCAGAGCUGUCUCCUAUAUCAUGGGAAGAACAAACAUGUCUGAAGAUAAACCUCUAGUGUUUCAGUUUAUUGACUGGGUCUUGCGAGGGACGUCCCAGGUGAUGUGUGUCAAUAACCCUCUCAGUGGGUUUCUCAUGAUUGCUGGAUUCCUGGUCCAGAAUCCCUGGUGGGCGCUCACAGGCUGUUUAGGAACAUCUGUCUCAACUUUAGCAGCACUUCUUCUGAGUCAGGACAGAUCGGCCAUAGAAACAGGACUCCAUGGCUAUAAUGGGACCUUAUUGGGAUUACUCAUAGCUGUGUUUUCUGACAAAGGAGACUAUUAUUGGUGGCUUCUGCUGCCUGUAGUUGUUACAUCCAUGGCAUGCCCCAUUCUUUCCAGUGCUUUAGGUUCAGUCUUUAGUAAAUGGGACCUUCCUGUUCUCACCCUGCCUUUCAACAUUGCUAUGUCUCUUUACUCGGCUGCCACUGGACACUACAACCUCUUCCUCCCCACAACGCUCAUUCAGCCUGUAACAUCAGUCCCCAACAUCACCUGGUCUGAAAUCAAAGUGCCACUGUUGCUAAAAUCCAUUCUGGUGGGAAUUGGUCAGGUGUUUGGUUGUGACAACCCCUGGACUGGUGGCAUUUUUCUGCUUGCUGUGUUUGUAGCAUCACCACUCAUCUGUUUAUAUGCUGCAGUUGGAUCAGCAGUGGGCAUGCUGGCAGGCUUGACUGCUGCAGCACCCUUUGCUGAGAUCUACUCUGGCUUUUGGGGCUACAACAGCGUCCUCUCCUGCAUUGCAAUAGGAGGCAUGUUCUACGCUCCCACAUGGCAGACCCACUUGCUAGCAGUGGCCUGUGCCUUCUUUUGUGCCUAUCUGCGAGCAGCACUUGCUAAUUCCCUCUCUGUGUUUGGAUUACCAGCCUGCACCUGGCCUUUCUGCUUCUCCGCAUUUCUCUUCCUGCUACUAACUACAGACAACUCUGCCGUCUACAAGCUGCCACUCUGCAAAGUCACUUACCCAGAAGCCAACCGUGUCUAUUACCUGGCAGUGGAAAGAAACAGGAAGGCAACAGUGAUGACAAAAUAGCAGUCUAACAUGGCUUCCUAAUGCAGUUCAUAGCUCUGCUCCAAAUAUGUGAACUAAAUCCUCCUUGGGACAUUUCUAAACAAAACAAUACUGCAUUUUGUUUACUGAAGAUGAUGAUUUUCUUUUGUGUAUCAUGAAAUGGAUGAUAUGUAAGUUCUGAAUUGUAAUGGAUUUCAUUUUAGAAUUAAGCUGUCUUGCUGUUCGCUGAGCCUUUACACACUCAUUUCCUAUAACAUGGAGAGCGGUAAGAAUGGCUGAGUUAUUGGAAUGCUGAUUAACUGCUGCCCCAGAACAUUCGGUCUGUGCCAUGCAUGGAGAUAGGUGAAGGAGAUGAUACUGGAUGGAGCUGUACUAGGUUGAGAUUAGCUUUUGUGGGUGCAAGCAUUUGGGCAUAGAAAUGGCUGAAAUAGCCCAAAGAUCCACUGGUCUCAGGGGAUGGUGUAAAGCUCUUGCCUUUCUGAGGUAGAGCAGUAAAAUAGAAAAUCUUCCCUAAAGCCAAAAGGAAAAGAGUGAUGCUGUAUGAUUGAAUAUAACCAUUUAUAUUGCCACUGUUAUAUAGUCGCAACAAAUCGUGUACAAAGUAUGUCAUGUAAGGUGUCAAUGGAAACGCUGUGAUUUGCUAAGUAUGAAUACCCUGUUUCUAUGCAUGUAUCAGUGCCCUAACAAGGGCGAGAUGAGUGAGGCACUUGCCUCGGGCGCGCAAAGUGGAGGGCGCAGCUCUACCGCG